GUAAGGAAGGAAGUGGGUAAAGGGGAGCUUAGAGCCUUGUAUAAGGACGCAUCUUGCGGGGAAGGAUUUUCACUCUUGGCCGAGGCUGCAGCAGGCCGUGCGGCCAUGUCAAAUGUAGCGCUAAGUCGCAGCGCUCCAACAGGAAUCUUUAUUUUUCGCCCUGACUCGCUAGCCUUGGUGGCGACUAGUACGCUAACUUGCAUUGUGCUUUUGUAGGCCGCGGUUUCUCAACAGGGCUUCACUCUGCCUAUCAGAAAUGCAUUCAAUCCAAAUUAUUCUUACUGUCUGUUAUUGUUCGAAAACGCGGUUGUUGGAGGAAUCACGUCAUUGUUGAUCAGGUUACACAGGCUGCUAAGGUGUAAUCGGAAUGAGAAUGGUCAGCUUCUGUUGAGCCACAUGGUGUGAUCUGCUGCUUUGAUCUGACCACAGAAACACUCUGCAUCCAAGGAAGAAGAAGGUGCGAAAACGAGGAGUUGAAAGGUGGUGGCAGCAAAAGAGCGAAUCAGUCCAACCAAAAACCUGCAACCUUUGGUGUUUACACGUCAGUCACAGAAGAGGAGGCCCCUGACAUCAUUUCUGAUAUAGCAUCGGAUCGUUUCUCAGGUGCGAUGGUCCGGCAAACGGACCCCACUGAGGGUCAACCUCACUGACAAAGAGAUUUGAGUUUGGACUGGGGACUUGUGUGGGGGAGGGAUUGUUUCUCUGAUUCCUCUGGUGUGAGUGUGACUGGACUUGGGUGAGCGGGAACUGACACUCUGCCCAGCUCCACCUGUCACCUGCCUCCACAUCCGUCCCUGUGCUCCGUCCACCUCAUCGGGACGGGACGGGGAGGACGGGGGUGUUGUUUUUCCAGGGGUGGGAGGGUCGUGGGGGGCCAGCCAAUGCUAUGGUGAGAAGCUGCUCCCCGUCCACCUGUUCGCUCUCGAGCUCCGAAGAAUUUUCUGUUCGGCCGCGGGACAAAGGAUAGCCUCCUUGCCCCUGGCUGGGGAGUGGGCUCAACGGUGCCAGAGGGCCUAGGCCCAGGCCCAGCCAGCUCUUUUUACCUGUGCUAGGUGCGUGUAGGUUGUCCUCAGACCACCGCCACCAACCAAACCGCAGCCAUGGUGAAGCUGGCCAACCCGCUGUACACCUCCUGGAUCCUGGAGGCCAUCAAGAAGGUGAAGAAGCAGAAGCAGCGGCCGUCCGAGGAGCGCAUCUGCAAUGCCGUGUCCAUGUCGCACGGCCUCGACCGCAAGACGGUCCUGGAGCAGCUGGAGCUCAGCGUCAAGGACGGUUCCAUCCUCAAGGUCUCCAACAAGGGGCUCAACUCCUACAAGGACCCCGACAACCCGGGCCGCCUGGCCCUGCCCAAGCCCCGGGGCGCUGGAGCGUCUGGGGGCGGUGGAGGUGGUGGAGGAGGUGGUAGUAGUGGUGGUGGAGGAGGCAGCAGCAGCUCAGGCUCACACAAGAAGCCCGGGUUGGACUGGAACAAGCUGAUCAAGCGGGCGCUGGACGGUCUGCACGAGCCCGGCGGCUCCUCCAUCAAGUGCGUGGAGCGCUUCCUCAAGUGCCAGGCCGACGUGGCGGCUUACCUAUCGGGCAGCAGCGCGCUGGCGCCGGGCCUCUUCCACCAGCAGUUGCGGGUGGCGCUCAAGCGGGCCGUGGCCCACGGGCGCGUCCUGAAACAGGGCCCGCUCUUCCGCCUGGCCAGCCGCAGCCACAGCCACUCCUCCCACCACGCCUCCGCCGGCGGCCACCAGAACGACGGCACGGGCUGCGUCUCGCUCGACUCGCUGCCGCCGGUCCGCCUGCUGCCGCAUGAGAAGGAUAAGCCUGUGGCGGAGCCUAUUCCCAUCUGCAGCUUCUGCUUGGGGACCAAGGAGCAGAACCGCGACAAGAAGCCGGAGGAGCUCAUUUCCUGUGCGGACUGUGGCAACAGCGGCCACCCGUCCUGUCUCAAGUUCUCCCCUGAGCUGACGGAGAGGGUCAAGGCACUGUGGUGGCAGUGCAUCGAGUGCAAGACCUGCAGCAGCUGCCAAGACCAGGGCAAGAAUGCGGAGAACAUGUUGUUUUGUGAUUCCUGUGACCGGGGUUUCCACAUGGAGUGCUGUGACCCCCCACUGUUGCGGAUGCCAAAAGGCAUGUGGAUAUGUCAGAUCUGUCGGCCGAGGGAGACGGGACGGCGGCUCUUGCACGAGAAAGCAGCACAAAUCAAGCGACGCUACAACGCUCCGCUGGGCAGGCCCAAGAACAGGUCCAAAUUCAAGAAGUUGGGGCGUGGGGGCAGUGGUGGGGGUCGUGGGCGGCGGCGGGGCAGGCCCUCGGCGGCUGACCGUCGCUCGCAGGGCUCUUCGUCGCCGCACUCUUCGUCCUCGUCCUCAUGCGAGGGUUACCCGGGCGAUGACCAGCAGCUCUUCCCCAUGCGGCACGACGACGAUGAGGGGUCGGGCGGCCUGCACUUCAACAAGAAGACCAAGGGCCUGAUCGACGCGCUCAGCAAGUUCUUCACGCCCUCGCCGGACGGACGCAAAGCGCGGUCCGAGUCGGUGGACUACUCGCAGCAGUGCCGCAUCCGAAAAAAGAGCGGGCGCAAAAGCGAACAGGACGACCGCUCAGGAGACAAUCAGGAUCCCGAUGACUGGCGCGACGAGGACGAGAAGCCUCCGGGGCACGAGAACAUGACCGAGAAAGACGUGGAGCUCUUCAGACACAUCCAGCAACUGGCACUACAGAAAGUCGGGGUGACGGGACCCCCGGAUCCUCACAUGCGAUGCCCGUCCGUCAUCGAGUUCGGCAAGUUCGAGAUCCAGACGUGGUACUCGUCUCCCUACCCGCAGGAAUUCAGCAGGCUUCCCAAGCUGUACUUGUGUGAGUUCUGCCUGCGCUACAUGAAGAGCCGCAGCAUCCUGUUCCAGCACAUGCGCAAGUGUGGCUGGUUCCAUCCCCCAGCUAACGAGAUCUACCGGAAGGAUGAUGUCUCUGUGUUUGAGGUGGAUGGCAACGUCAGUACGAUAUACUGUCAGAAUCUGUGCUUACUGGCCAAGCUCUUCCUAGACCACAAGACGCUGUACUAUGACGUGGAGCCUUUCCUCUUCUACGUUCUGACGCAGAACGACAGCAAGGGCUGCCAUGUCGUCGGAUACUUCUCCAAGGAGAAGCACUGUCAGCAGAAGUAUAACGUGUCCUGCAUCAUGAUUCUUCCACAAUACCAGCGCAAGGGCUACGGUCGCUUCCUCAUCGACUUCAGCUACCUGCUGUCGAAGCGGGAGGGCCAGCCGGGCUCGCCGGAGAAGCCUCUGUCGGACCUGGGCCGUCUGUCCUACAUGGCGUACUGGAAGAGUGUGGUGCUGGAGUGCCUGCACGAGCUGCGCGACCGGCAGCUGACGAUCCGGCACCUGAGCAAGAUCACUGGCAUCUGCCCACAGGACAUCACUUCCACCCUGCUGCACCUCAACAUGCUGGAGCAGCGCGGAGGACGGUUGGCACUGGUGCGUCGGGAGAAGAUGAUCUCAACACACAUGGGCAAACUGGCGGCCCGUCCUCGGCAGCUGGAUGUGGACCCCGACUGCCUGCGAUGGACGCCCGUCAUCGUCAGCAACAUCGUGGUGUCGGACCAGGAGGGAGAGGAGGAUGAGGAUGAAGAUGCAGACGACAGGGAGGAGGAGAACGGCAAAGAGAUCAAGCCAAUCCAGAAGAUGUCCCCGCUCCCUUGGCACCGGCGGAUAGAACGCGAAGAUGAGGAGGAGGAGGAGGAGGAAGAGGAGAGCAAGAGCUUCCCUUUGACCUUUCCCAUCAGCAGGCCGAGCCCUCCGGCUGCCACCUCCCCUGUCCGCCACACCCCUCCCAGCCCCGUCAGGCCCCCGGCCCCUGCCAACGGGGAGCGCAGACCCCGCGGCCGGCCCCCCAAGAACUGGCCCUGGGGGCAAGUGAAGGACCGACCGGGGCCCGGCAGGCCCAGGAAAAUUCGGCCCGAGGAGCAGGACGGCUACCUCCACGACGACCGGACCAAGAACCAGAGGACGCCGGGUCCCUCGUCCACCUCCAGCGGCAGCCUGCACGCGGGACUCUUUGGCUCGUCCCCGGACGCUAACUCAGGCCUGAGCCGGCCCUUUGAGCUGCCCAGACUCCCGCCAGUGCAGCCGCCCCGCAGCAGAGGGAGGCCGCCGCGGAAGAAGCGUGGCCCCAAGCCCCGUCUACCUGAGGGCUCGGCAGAUUCGCUCCCGCUGCUGCCGCCGGCACCCAGGCCCUGUGAGCUCCCACCCAUGACCAGGCCGCACUUCAGCGAGAGCAGCGAUGAUGAGGAGGAUGACGAGGAGAUGCAAGCCUGCUCGCCUCCCAUACUCACGAAACCCACUCUUGGCCUAAAAUGCAAGAAGCCACUGCGGAAGCGUCGUAUGCGGCAGCAGAGCCACCCGCACAGCAGCGUGGUGACAGAGACCAUCUCGGAGACGACGGAGGUGCUGGACGAGCCCUUUGUAGAUUCGGAUACGGAGCGGCCCAUGCCUCGGCUGGAGGAGGAGACCCCGCUGCGGCGCUACCCUCCCGCCCGCUCCUUGCUCAACCACGGAGACCCCGCGCCUAAGAGGAGCCGACCGCACCUGUCCGACGACGAAUCGGAAGAGGAUGAUUCCACUCCCGUGCUGAAGCCCGUUCCCGGCUUGCGCAACCCAGAGCCUUCUGAUCCGGCCGAAGGCGCAGAGCCCCCGGCCCCGGCCCCCGAGGUCCCCGUCAAGAAGAAGAAAGGCUGGCCCAAGGGCAAGAGCCGCAAGCCCUUACACUGGAAGAAGCGGCCCGGCAGGAAACCGGGCAGCGGAGCCAACCAGCAAGCCGCCGCCGCAGCAGCAGCCCAGUCCGGAGACCCCCCGCCCCCCAAGAUCCGCAUGAAACCCGGCCGCAAGCCGCGCAGCUGGUACGAGCAGCGCGCCCGCGAGGAGGCCGAGCGGCUAGAGCUGGAACGGAGCAUGCUGGGACAGCAGACGCAAGCGCAGACCACGACGACGUCGACGCAACAGCCUGACGUCAGGCGGCGGAGUUUGACCCCCGACCGACUCGGUCACGGCAAGCGCAAGGAGUCGGAUGACGAGGACUUCAAACCCGUGGUGGAGCCGCCCAAGGUGCCCAGGAGGAGGGGGCGGCCGCCCAAGAACCCGGCCCAAAGCCUACAGCCCCCUCCACCACCACCACCCCCGCCACCACCCAAACCUCCCUUGUCCGAACCAGACGAUGAUGAAGAGGACGAGGAUGAGGAGGAAGAGAGGGGGUGGGGGAGCCAAGAAAAGGCCAGCAGACCGCCCUCACGAGGAGGCGCCUUAUCCGUCUCCUCCUCCUCCACAAACUCUCGCCUGGCCCAGUCGCGGCCGCCGCCCCCAAACGCGGACAUGAUGGGGGACGGAGAUGAGGAAGAGGAGGACGAGGAGGAGGAAGAGGAGCGGGAGGACGAGGACUGCGAGAGGAGGCCGGCCGUCACCCCCGGCUCCGGCAGCCGGCGCAGCGACGACCACGACGCCGACGACGAAGGGGACGGCCACCUGGAGGAGAAGAGCGACAGCGGCAGCAGCAACCACAAAAACCGGCGGAAAGAGCCGGACUCGGAAGACGACGAGGAAGAUGAAGAAGACGAUGACGAACCGGCAUCACCACCGGCGCGAUCGCCGCCGGUCAAAGAAGAACCUCAGAGCGGAGAAGCUUUUUUAGGCAUGCAGGGGAGCGCGGCGGGGACCAGGGACUACAAUGUGAGCAAACAGGAGGAGGACGAGGAGGAGGACGAGGAGGACGAGGAAGAGGAGGAGGAAGAGGACGACGAUGAAGACGACACGCCAGCUGCAACAGCAGCGACGGCACAGGAGGUCAAAAGUCGUCCGACCGCCGACUCUCACGAGGAGCGGAGGCGGCGCGAAGACGAGGACACGUCCUCGGCAGUCACCGCCGCCGCCGUGGAGACCGUGACGGCCAUGUCCUCCUCCUCCGCCUCCAACGACAUGGCGGACGACGAGCCCCUGGAACUGCAGCCGCUGCACAAUGCCGAGGACAAGGCCGUGCUGAUGCUCCAGGCCGAGCAGCAGCAGCAGCAGCAGCACAGCACCCAGCAGCAGCAGCAGCAGCAAACGCAGCACUCCCACACACAGCAGCACCCCCACGCUCUCCCCCAACACCACCAGCAGCAACAGCAGCACUCGCAUGCCUCAGACUACAAGGACGACAUGACUCCCGCUCACCACCACCACCAAGCGCACCACCCUCACCACCACGCGCACCACACGCACCACCACCACACGCACCCGCACAGCAGCGAGCUGGACCUGGAGACGGUGCAGGCGGUCCAGUCGCUGACGCAAGGCGAGGCCCAGGACGAAGAGUCCGAGGCCCACGCAGCAGCAGUGGCGGCCGCGGCGGCCACGGCGGCCUCCUCCUCGGCCGCGUCCUACCAGGACUGCGAGGAGACGCUGGCCGCCUGCCGCACGCUGCAGAACUACGGCGAGCCCGAGGACGACGCGCUGGGUCUGGUGGACGACUGCGGCGGAGGGAACGCCGCGACGGCGGGCCAGACGCCGAGUCGAACGCCGAGUCGGACGCCCAACACGGCCCCGUCCUCUCAGCACAGCAGCCCCAUGCCCCACAGCCACGGCAACACGCCCAUGCCCCCCAACAGCAACAGCAGCACGCCGCUGCCCGCCGGCCAGCAGUCGGUGCGCUCGGUCAGCAGCCCCAGCAUGACGCCGGGCCCUCUGGACUCGUCACAGGGGCCGCAGGGGGGCGUGCAGGGGGCCUCGGCCGGCCCCGGAGGGGGAGGCGGAGGUAACAACAACACGGGGAGCGGUGGCGGCGGAGGCUACACCCAGAUCACGCCCGAGCACCCGGGCUCGCUGUCGGCGCCCUCGCUGGCCAACAUGGAGACGUCGCCCAUGAUGGACGUGCCCUCGGUGUCGGACCACUCGCAGCAGGUGGUGGACAGCGGCUUCAGCGACCUGGGCAGCAUCGAGAGCACCACGGAGAACUACGACAACCCCAGCAGCUACGACUCCACCAUGGGGAACGGAGGAGGAGGAGGAGGAGGCAACAGUAGCGGCGGAGGUCUCUCUGCGACGGCGACCUCUUCAACAGCCUCUUCAUCGUCGUCGUCUUCCUCCUCCUCCAGCUCGGCCGCCCCACCCUCCUCCUCCUCCUCCUCCUCCUCGCAGGCCAGCAGCUGUUCCUUCGUGAGCUCCACGCCGGCGCCAGUCAGCAUGGGCAGCUGCGGCCUGAUCCAGCAGGCUGGCCCGGGCCCCAACGGCAGCACCACCCCCGGAGGUACAGGAGGUGUACCCCAGCCUCCGCCUCCCCCGCCCCCCUCGGCCAACACCCCCAACUGCGGCAUCAAGUCCCCGCAGAGCUGCGUCAUCGAGAGGCCGCCCAGCACCACCCAGCAGCCCCAGCAACAGAAGAAGGUGCAGCAGCAGCAGGCUCCAAACAACCAGCCACAGCAGCCUCCGCCCUCAGCUCAGCCUCCGCCCAACCCCCAGCAGCAGCAGCAGCAGCAGCAGCAGCAGGCGCAGCUCUCCCAGUGCAGCAUGGGAAACGGCUUCGCCUCCACGCCCAUGAUCAUGGAGAUCCCCGAGAGCGGCGGGGGCGGCGGCCGCAGCCUCUACAUGGGCCAGGACUUUGGGGCGGGCGGCUACGGCCAGCCCUCGGCCACCUUCAGCCUGGCCAAGCUGCAGCAGCUCACCAACACCAUCAUGGACCCGCACGCCAUGUCCUACUCCCACUCGGCGGCCGUCACCUCCUACGCGCCCAGCGUCUCGCUGUCCAACUCGGGCCUGGCGGGCCUGACGUCCGGGCCGCACCCGUCCCUGGCCCCGCAGGCGCAGGGCACCAUGACGCCGCCCCCCAACCUGAGCUCGGGCUCCAUGAACCUCAUCCAGUGCAACAUGGCGGGCGCCAACAUCAGCCUGGCGCCGCCCCACACGCAGCGGCUGCAGGGCCAGAUGGCCACGGUCAAGAGCCACAUCGCCAUCCGCAGCAAGGCCUCGCAGCUGCCGGCGGGGGCCGCGCCGCCGCACCAGCAGCAGCUGUACGGCCGCAGCGCGGGCCCCGCCACCAUGCAGGGCUCGCCGCGGCCCAUCGCGGUGCAGCGCGGCAUGAUGCCCAACCUCAUGCCCACGCCGGCCGCCUACAACACCAUGAACAUGAACCCGCUCAACGCCGCCAUGUCGGCCGGCUACCGCAUGGCGCAGCCCAUGAUGAACAGCGGCUACCACAGCAACCCGCCCUACAUGAACCAGCCGGCGCAGUACCCCAUGCAGAUGCAGAUGGGCAUGAUGGGCGGCCAGGCCUACCCGCAGCAGCCUAUGCAGCCCAACCACCAUGGCAACAUGAUGUACACGGGGCCCUCGCACCACAGCUACGCCGGCGUCCCCAAGCAGUCGCCUUACAUGAGCAGAUGAGCAGCCGCACCAGGGGUGUUUACUUAGACGAGAGACGUUAACGCUCCCCAACAAACACAACACAACACAGCCCCUCUGCUCUGCUCUGCUCUGCUCUGCUCAGAGAUGCACUGCACUGUGCUGCCCUGGACAAGGCAUCUCUGUACUGUCUCGUUGGUAUGUUAGCCACCCACCCGCCUGCCUUCCUCCUCCAUACUCCGCAGCCAAACUUGAGGGGAUGCUGGAGAUGGGGAGCCCUGCUGUCUUGGCUGCACACAGCAGCAGUAGCAGCGGUUUAAUGGUGGUGGUGGUGGCGGUGGUGGUAACAGGAGCUGACACAGGGAGGGGAAUCAAAACUAAAUCAAAAGGGACUGUGACGUUUUGUUUCUGUUUCCCCUUUAUUUUGUACGUUGUAAGUCUAUUUUUGUUUGUUACUUUUUCUUUUAUGUCUCCCUACCCCCCCUUCUCCAGUCAUUUCUACAGAUUUGUAUGUAUGCCUUGAGCAGCGGGAGAAUUAGCCGGUGGGACUGGUUAUAGACACCAUGCUAACGGACAUUCAAUGGGACGGAUAUCUUAAUGGGGGAAUCCAGUGGACUUGAACCUCCUCUGCUCCUCCACGCUGUACACUGCAAGUCCCGAGGCACGCCGCUCCCUUCGUUUCAAGGAGAACGGAGGUGGAGGUGAAAGGAGGAACUUUUGAGGACUUGGUGGCCCUUGUAGGGUGUGAGUUAGACGGGGGGAGGGAGUGGAUAUUAUGGGUUGGGUUGGGCUACUGGGCGGGUGGGCAGAUGUACGUGGUUGUCAAAUAUUGUUAAUCUGACCGUUCACACAAUUCUCUCAUUGACAUAGGAAGCCUUACCUUCAGAACGAGGAGAAAAAGACCAGAAUUGAAAUUUAGAUGGACAUAAUUGUAUUUUUGUUUGUUUUGUUUGUUCUUUUUUCUAUUGGUAUAUAAUUUGUAAUACAUUAUCUUUUUGAUGACCAUUGAACUUGUUUUCAGUCCAACCUCAUUGCUUUGUAUGAUUUUUUUAAUUUUUAUUUCAACUAUUCAGGUGAGAGUGUAAAUGUAUGUUUUGUAUGUGUUAUGUAUGGCUCAAGGUGUGGCGCCCAUUCUACUCUCUCCCACAUCCACACGCACUAGAUUGAGUACAAACACACACACACAUAUGCACACACACAUCUGGAUUGCCACUUGUAAGAGCCAUGGUGGACGCACUUCUGUGUGAUGUGGAGGGUGGUGAAGGGAACAGAGGACGCAGCAAGGGUUGGUCCGGUUUACGUUGAUGCUUGGAGUGGAAAGUCUAGUUUAAGUGGGCCUUGGUGGACGCUGGGUGGUGUCUGGAAUCCUUGUCUUCCCACUGUACUGUAGAAAGAGAGAGAGAGAACUAGCUCUGAUGGUGUUGGCUUGUCAGAUCCCACCAAAUGCAAACAGGCCACCACUGUGGGUGCAUCUGCCACUGUAAUGUAGUCUUAUGUCCAAUGUCUUUCUCUUUUUUUUGUGUGAGUAUGAACAAGAAGCGUCAUCAGUUACAUUUAGACUGGACAGCAGUGAAUUUGCCUGUGAACGAAAGAAGAAGGAAAAAAAACAGAAGAAAUAAGAUGUAAAUAUUCUGGUACUUCCUACUUUCACAGCACAGUCUCCCCUCAGUGGCAGACUUGAGACAUGCAACACUCACACCUUUUUUUUUCUUCUUUUUUUUUUCCCUCAAACACACUCCAUGCACAAGAGCAGAGCGCUUGGGGCUCCAAACUCGCCCCAACUCUGCAGUACACCGUCUUCUAAACACAAAGUGAUUGGACAUCCUGAUGUGGACAUGGUUACUGCUUUUAAUAAUAAAACUGUUUGAGAUGGCAUCAAUAUGUGUCUUCAGUCUAGCAGGGGCAUGAGGAACGGGGCACACCUGUGACCCGUGCGCACACACACGAACACGAACACACACGGCUGUGUAUAGCCCCGAGGGGCCCCAUGCCGUACGCCGUGAGGGGAGGUCGGCCAUAACGUCACGUGUGCCUAACAAAGGCACAUCAAUAGACAUUCACCUAUACACACAGACACACAAACACUCGCACACACCCAGGGGUGUUGGUUGGUGUGCAUGUCUUCUGGGGUUCGUCUCCUGUUAUCGGGACGAGGAGGAUCCCCUUCAUGUUCAAGUAUUCAAUGUCAAUUGAGGAUUUUUUUCUUACAAAUCUGUUGUUUCAUAUAUUAUUUGUGUGUAUUGUUUUUCUUUUUUUAAUUUUCUGAAUUUUAUCAGACUGGGCAGCUUUCUUUUAUGACACAAGCUGACUCUUUUUGACUUUAGAAACAUAUUGUAGAGAACAAUGUUUUUUCUAUAAUAUAAAAAAGAAAAAUUCUGACAUUGAUAUUGGUACUGUCAUUUUUUUCACUUCUGUUUCAGGAAAAAAAAACAAUACAUAUUUUUUAGCUUGACUCUUGGGGUAAUAUUAUUAAGAAAUUCAAAACUUAAAAAAAUACAACUCACUUUUAGUGACUUUAAGAUGCCUUUAACCUCUCCAUUCCAUCUCAUCUUUAGAGUUUUCUAUCUUUGUGUAGUAUAUUAAUGCUAUUUUAAAAACAAAAGGAAAAAACAAAUAUCUAAAGGUCACUUAGCGUUCUUUUUUCUUUUUGUUUUGGACUUUUUUGUGUGUGUAUAGGACAACUUCCUUACAUCUAAGAGGCAUGUAAAAAUGAGCUCAGUAUAUUUCUGUCUGUUUAUAUUGCUUCCCCCUUUUUGUAUCCUUUGUAAUUGUAAAUGGUGAGCUGUAAGCAAAGAGAGAGUGCGAUAGACAAGGAGUGAGGAGGGACUGGCGCUCAAAGAGGGUCGAUUGCGUCCGACUUCCUCUCCUCUCUCUGUUUUCGUCCCUGUAUGUAUUUCCAUUUAUUCGUUUUUUUGUUUUUUAUUUUUUCCUUCUAGCAAGUACUUUCAAAGAUCUCUGUACAUUUUAACAUGAAACAAAAAUAAAUUAUGUUGAGCCAUUUCA